CCAUCCCCAGCCCCAGCCCGUCCCCAGCCCCCGCCCCCACUAUCCAACCCAGCACUCCCAUGGAAGACACACGACGUACCUGUACGUGUAGCGCGACAGAAGGCCCGAGACGCGGCUCAAGAGGCCCGUCAGAAAGCCCUCAUCGACCUGAAGAGGGUUUUGAGCUCCCAGAAGGCCCUCCUUGUGGGUGGGGCCAACGGCUUGCAGGCCUACCGGGCGCGGGCGAUCCAGGCCUGCUUGCAUCUCAUGGUCCGAGAAGGGCAGGGGAUGAUGGCGGCGUCCGAGGUGGCAGCGCGAGCCAGCCUCUUCUCCGGCAAGUGGGGGGCGCGACUUGUCCGCGGGUGGACCCAGGCGUGGGUGAGGACGAGGACGCUGCCAGAGUCGCAGCGCGGGCGUCACCCGAAGGUCAUGUCGGUUCUCAGUCACCCCACGGUGCGCGCCUACCUACGCUCCGAAAAAUGGAGCCAGAACCCCGUGAAGCUCAAAAAACUGCUGAACAACGAGCUCAGUCCCGAGGAGUCCCGCGAAUAUCGUCAUGUUCUCGAGUCUGAUGAGAUGCCCAAUGGGCUCAAGGCUUUUGUCACGUCCAAAAUCCUCCCCCGAUACCAUGUCAAAGCAGGCCGCUUUGGACUGUCCCGCUCGACUAUGGUGGCUCAGGCGCAUGACGGGAAACAUUGGAGCUGGCUUCUCAAUGGGGAGUCUCCGCUCAAGAAGAAGGGACCUGGGCGGGGAUUGCAUCAGAGCGAUUUUAUCUGCUCGACAGUUGGGUGGCUUUACGAAGCGAGUGUCAGUCUGGAGUAUGGAAAGAACCACGAGGGCUUCUGGAACGGCGAGCUUUUCUGCAAACAACUGACUGAGAAAUUCUUCCCGGCAUUCAGGAAGGCACAUGGAGAUGGGCACAUUGCAUGCAUUCUUGUCGACAAUUCACAGGGCCACUCAGUAUAUGCCUCGGAUGCUUUGCGAGCAUCGAAGAUGAACAUGAAUCCGGGCGGUGCACAGCCUCGCAUGCGAGAUGGAUGGUACCUACGGGAUGGUGAGAAAGUUGUGCAGCAGAUGAAUUUCCCGUCCGAUCAUCCCGAGCACCCCAACCAGCCGAAGGGGAUGAGGGCUAACUGGCUCCGGGAGAACUGCGACUAUAGCUUCGAAACACUCCGGGAAAACAUGCCGAAGGCAUUGCGGUCGGUUUCACUCGAACUCAUCCGAAAAUGGGAACACCGUGCCUGGAGAUUUAUUGACGCCUAUGCAGAGGGUCUUGGAGCGCGGGAGGCACAACAAAAGGUUAAAGAGUUUAGCUCGCGUAGGUACAAGUCCCAUCGCCGUGUCCCAGAGCAGUUGGCACAGGCGAUGGACGUGCUAUAG